AUGAAUGCUGAUGCUGUGAAAGCUAUUGAAUUUUUCAGAGAUGAUAGGUCUCUUGGCAUACAGAACAAGGCCAGGAAAAUGCUGGAGGUACUUGGCAAGAAUGGGCUGGUAUAUGAGCAGGAGAUCCACACCAGCCAACUCAGUGUGCAUCCACACAACCGCUCUGGUGGCAUGGUCAAUGCUGCUGAUGUGCAUAGCAGGGGCUGCCAGGCUUUGAAAGUGGGAUGGGCGAAUGAGAGGUUGAGUGAAAGCUGGUGCAUAGAGCUCAGCAUCGAGAAGAAGACAAGAGAUGCCCAGCUCAAGGCCAUGGAAAUGCUGGUAGAAGGGGCUGAUGGCAAACUUGCACCCCUGGCUGGCAAAGAAAGGUGGCUUACAUUGAGCUCAAGCCACAUGAGUCAGUUUGUGAAGUCUGUCCAUGCUGGAUGUCAAACUGAAGAGGAAGCCUUUGACAAGGUUUUUUCUGCAGAGCACAUCAUGCAGGAGUACCAGGACCCUGCUUUUGCAAAGGCUUUGAAUGUUGGCUGGACUUGGGAAUGCCUUGCUGCCACAGUAGAAGUUGAAGCACCAUGGUUUCCAGCCUUUUUGCAAGCAGCUUUGAACUCCUCCAACCACAUUGCUGGCCAAGUGACAGAAAUGGAGCUGGCCAUGUCAAUGGCUAUGAACUAUGCCAGAACACACAAUUUGGAAGAUUCUGUGGAAGCUUGCCAGUCCUAUUCACCUUUGCGCUACUUGGAUGUGGUUGGUGAGUUUGUGGCACACCAUGGGGGAGGCGCUGGCUUCCCUGUUAUCAAGCUGCUGUCUGCCAUAGAAACAACUUUUGGAGGAUCAAUGAUGCUGGGAGAAGAGCUCUUCACUGCAAUAGUGAAAACAGACUUUGGGAAGGAAUCUUCUUUUCCCAUGGUUCGAUGUUGCUUCAUGGCAGCAGCUUUGAGUAGCGCCAAGCAAAGGGAUGGCAUAAGCAGAUUGCUGGUUCGAUCUGACAUUGACAAAAUGAAGUCAGCAGCCAACAAAGAGAAUUUGCUGCCCACAGAGAAGAUGGCCACACUGCUGCUGGAAGAUUUGCAAAAGUCUCCCAAGGGCCUGCUUCACAAGGACCAUGUCAAGCUGCUGGGGCGCUUCUUGAUCAGAACUGCCUUAUGGCUUUGCAGGAAAGAGGGCAAGGGAAGGGAAGCAAAAGUGUUUGGCUCCUUGUCUGAGAUACAUUCUGCCUACCAGUCUGAAUUGGACACUUUGCAGAGAACUGGAAGCCUUGGAGAUGAAAGCAAUGAUGCCAAGACCAUUGCUGAAGUGAGGUUCUCUUGGUUGAAGGCUGGCAAAAUGUACCAGAAAAAGGACCACUUCUACAUCUUUAGCCACUUCACAGCCACAUGUGGUGUUUUCCAAGAGCUCAACCUGGCUGGUGACAAGACCCAGAUGGCCAGAGCUCAAGAAUUUCAGGGAGAAGGGAAACUUGAUUUGAACUUGCUGGCCUUCACCAACACCCACAAAGUGCUGGCUGCAAAGCAGAUCAAGAAUGUGCUGAAAGUUUUCCCUUAUGGCAACAUUACCAAAGUCAAGGCUGAUAAGGUGGACAAGCUGGACAAGAAAUCUGUGCUGGUGGUUCAGGGGACUGGUGCUAGGUACCAAAUUUCAGCUCCCAGAGUGGAUGUGGCCAAAGAAACUGGAAGCAUACCAGUUUUCUUUUGGGUUGGUUGCACUGAGGAGGAGGAAGAUGCCAAUAUGGAAUUGGUGGAAAACAAAUACAGUGGCUGGCUCACCAUGCCAUGCUUGAGAUCUAAAGGUAAAAUCGAUGCAGGCUCCCAGCUCUUGUACUACAAGGCUCCACAAAAAGAGGAGCCAAAAGGGAAGAAGAGGAAAGCCAAGCAGGACAUUUGA